GCCGCCGCCCGCCCUCCAUGGAGCCGAGCAAGGGAAAACAUACUAUCCCCAAACCACAUCCUCCAGUUGUAGGUGAGGUGACCCACCACAACAUUCAGCUCUCUUGGGAUUUGGAAAAUACAGCACAAAGAAAAGGACCUCAAGAGCAAUGGCUAAAGAUUUCAAUUGAAGAAGAGGACCCCAAAUUACAUACCUAUGGUACCAUUUAUACGGGAUAUGCUAGACAACAUGUCAUAGAAGGUCUUCAGCCAAGAACAACCUACAGAUUUCGACUAAAGGUCACUGGUUCUACAGGGGAGUGUUCUUAUAGUCCAGCUGUCUCAGUAUCCACUACAAGAGAGCCGAUGAGCGGAGAGCAACUUCAUCGAGCUGUCAGUAUGAAUGAUGUAGAGGCAGUUCUUAACAUUCUUCAGGGAGGACAUGUGAAGGUGGAUGUUCCUGAUAAACUAGGCUUUACUGCUCUGAUGGUUGCUUCUCAGAAAGGAUAUGAUAGGCUUGUGAAAAUAUUGGUACAGAAUGGAACAGAUGUAAAUCAGAAGAAUGGAAGUGGAAAGGACAGCCUAAUGUUAGCUUGUUUUGCUGGUCACCUGGAUAUUAUUAAAUACCUCAGAGAACAAGGAGCUUCUUGGGAAGUCAGAGAUCUGGGAGGUUGUACAGCUUUGCACUGGGCUGUGGAUGGAGGACAUUGUGAGGUUAUUGAAUGGAUGAUUAAUGAUGGCUGUCAGGUAGAUGCUAAAGAUACAUGCUUAGAAUGGACACCAUUGAUGAGAGUUUCUGCAGUAACAGGGAAUAAAGAUGUGGCAUCUCUUUUAAUUGAAGCAGGAGCAGAUGUGAAUGUGAAAGAUAAAGAUGGCAAAACACCUUUAAUGGUGGCAGUAUUAAAUAACCAUGAAGAGUUGAUUCAGUUGCUGCUGGAUAAAGGAGCAGAUGCUACUGUUAAAAAUGAGUAUGGCAAAGGUCUUCUAGAAAUGGCUAGAGGUUUUCACAGACACAGCGUGGUCAUCUUGUUAGAAGAAAAUAAGAGAAAAUUAAGUGGGAACACCAAUUGUCCUCCACCAGUUCUUGGCUCACAGGCACGUGAGGUAACUAAAUAAAAGAAAAGGAGCGCUUUUUCUACCAGCAAGGUGAAAACAUGAAGACUGGCCCUCAGCUAAGCAUUAGAAUUUGCUUGUUUUAUCUUAUACUGUUCAGUUGUUACAGAUUCUUGGAUGCUUAUUAAAAUGUGUAGCUCAGCUUCUUGAGGAUGUUGUCUUGUAUCUAAAUAUAUAUGUAUGUUGUACUGCCAUUGUUCCCUAACACUACUUCAUAUUCUCUUGCAUUUAGAGUUAGAUGUAAAUCAAAAUAAUGUUUUCAUAAAUGUAGUUUGUAUAUCAUUUCCCUUCCAAUUCUAAGCCCUUCUCAGAGCUCAUGACAAAGAUUCUUUUUGACAUAUUUUUUAUUAUUACUUCCCUCUUCUUCUUUUCCUUUGUCUCCUAGUAACUGUCCCUCUGGCUAGAAAAUGUUCAGUAACUCCCAUUGAUGCCUGUCAGUGUCACGCUUAAAAUAGCCAGGAAGUCCCUUCUUUCUCCCCAGGAAAUGAGCAUCUUGCUUGUGCAGCAUGCCCAGACUCAGCCACAGGAGUGAAGCACUAAGUUUAAGUCUUAAGGACUGUAAUAUCUUUCCAGGAUAAUGUGUUAGGUUAGGAAGGUGUAUGUAAUAAAUAAAGUUGAAAGGUGGAUUUCAUGGUGGAAGCUGAGUUGUGACGUUAACUGUAACUAUUAUCUGAUGUAGAUAAUCAGGGACCUCCUCAUACACGGUCUUGCAGCGGCAACUAACACGCAUGCACAAUCUAUCCUGCAGUAGAAACGUGAUGAGUUUUAUCACAAGAUAAAGAGCCUUAUACCCACUUCAAGGGAUUGACCUCACUGAGUUCACUUCAUGGUAAAAGUAAAGUGACUGGUCUUCACUGUUUUUUUACCUUGGGAUAGCUCAUGUGUGUUAGUUACCCUUUUCAGUAGAGAAGACAAAGCCUAUAUUGGGGAGGUAAGGGGAAAUCAUCACUAAAGGUGCAGUCUAAUCGUCACUAAAGGUACAGCCUAACAGCUUUUUGGAGUUCAAACCUAAAGAACUCCAAAUCAUUAAUGCAACAUUUAACCUGGCCUGGUCACUAAAUAAUGUUUUAUUAUUUUAAAAAUUGCUUGUAACUCUUGCAUUCACAAUAUAGUGUGCAAGAUAUUAGUAAAUCCAGAAAUGGCUAGUUGGAGUUAAAUAGUGAUAAGCUUUAAACAUUAAUUAAUAAUAAAACUUAAAAAUCAACACAAUUUAGUAGCAGCCAAUGUAAACUGUACAAAUUAUGAGAUAAAUGUUGAUGUUAUGAGAUAAAUGUUACUAUGAACAGUGAGAAAACAAGUAGCAGAGUUUUAUACAAUUUGAAUGCUUUAAAUUUUCACCAUGAGAAGACCAUUUAAAAUGUAAUUAAAGUACUCCUAAGUUUGUAGACGGGGGAGUGCACAUCAAUGCUAUUUACUGACAAUUACCAUAUUUCAUAUAAAAGCAGUAAAGAGUCCUGUGGCACCUUAUAGACUAACAGACGUUUUGGAGCAUGAGCUUUCGUGGGUGAAUACCCACUUCAUCAGAUGCAAGAUAAUGGUAAUUAUAGUUGAUAUUUUUUAUAUAAAACACAUCACAUAACUAUAUUUUGAAAAUCUUCUGCUUGCUGUCACUUUUAAAAUAUACACUGAUUGACAUUAAAAUGUAGAUGUCUUCCUUUAUCAUGAUAUGUUGCAAUACUUUCCUUACUACAAUGAAAUAUUACAAUGGGGCACAUCAGUUCUCUCACGUGUAAAUGUUUACUUUUAAGUGUCAAUCAUUGUACUUUCUAUGCUGUUGAUAAUGCUAUCAUAUGCAAUAAAGCAUAAGCUGCACUUACUUUGUGUUUCUCUAUAAAGGUAAAUUAAAAGAAGUAACUUUC